ACGUAAAAACAAUUUCGUAACAAAACGCAGGCGGCUCACGCCACCACUUGAACACGGAGUCCAAUUAUUGUUGUUCACCCAAAUUCGUUUUCUACAAUUCACCUUUUUUUGCCCUUUUCCCAAAUUCCAUCUUCUCUUAAAAAAAAACCUCAAAAUCCAUGGAGGUUUUCAAUCAAUUUCUGCAAUUCCGAUAAAUUUAACUAUCGUUAUCUGCAGUUUUUCCUUCUAUCUCUACAAUAUACAUACCGGCGAAACUUCUUUUUUUUUUGUGUAUGUAUAUGUGUGUUUGAAUUGUUAGGGGCAUGGAGGUGGUUGAGGUGACAGGUACAAAGCCGAUCCAGUUGGUGAGAGCUAAAUCGAACCAGGAUCGGAUUAAGGUGAAGAGAAAAACGCUCGAGGCUGUGCUGCAGGAAUGCCAACGAGCUCUUGAAUUGCUUAGUACUACUGGUUCCGUUGAGGAUGACACCGAUGAAUCCAAUUCUAGCAGUGAUGUUGACCAGGAUGCUUUGGAAGAUUCCGGUCAAGGCUCCUCUACUCCGUCUGCGGAUGUUGAGACCGAUGAGCUGCGAGAUCUCCUGAAAUCUAGAGUUCAAUGCUCAGAUUUCCUUCAAAAGCUAGAAAAUGCUCAAGCAUCUGUUCCACAAAACUUAGCUGAAGAAGGAAGUUCAUGGGACAUGGUCAAUGAGAAUGACCUUUGGGAAGGUGGAGAUCCUGAGUUAGACGGAGAAGACUAUGUUUUAGUUAGGCAAGAAGAUAUAGUGGAUGGUAUAGCUUGCUUUAUGGCUGCAUACCUGCUAUCUCUUAAGCAGACUAAGGAUUUGACACCAAACCAACUCCAAGAUGCUCUCAGCAAGACAUUCUCUUUGAAAAAGAAGAAAGGAAAGCUCCGAAAGGCAUGGGAUGGAAGCAAAGUUAUUUACAAUGUAGCAUCUUGGGGGGCUACAGCUAUUGGGAUAUACCAAAACCCAGCUAUUCUAAGAGCUGCAUCAGCAGCAUUCUGGACUUCCUGCCGUGUUAUAUCAAAGCUCUUAUAAGCAGCAGUUCUGGCUUAGCUGAAAUCCCAAGGCUUCGCCUGCACGUUGUAACAUUUGCUUGUGCCCUCUGGAUUAGGUUGUUGGUUCGUUAACGUGUAAUAUAAAUGUCAUUCUUUGUUUAAUCAUGUAAAUAUUUCGCCAAUUGAAUAGCCUGCGUGCAGAUUGAUUGGGCUUAAUCUGAUGAUCUUGUUUGAUUA